AUGAGUGUCAACGAGUUCGCAGAUGCCCAAAAAAGCCACUACACUGUGUUUCCUAGGUUAAAAAAGGCUAAAACAGCUGUUCGAACUACACCAUUUGUGAAGUUGUUAGGAGAAAAGGAAUCGGACGACAGAGUAGCGAAAAGAUGGGAACUUUAUCAUCAGUUGCACUCACACUUCCACUCUCAGGUGAGUGAUAUUGUUGAGAACAUUGAAGUUGAUUUGAAAAAUAAAAUAUCUGAUCUACUAUUCAAUAAAAAGCUCAACCCCAAGACGCAGAAGGCAACCUUCAACACGAUAUUUCUUCUGGGGUCUGACAGCACAACCCAAAUAGAUAUACCCGAACCAAGUUCCAAAAUAUUCAGUGCUCUUAUCGAGCUCACACCUAAAGAAUCGCCCAACGUGAGGAUGAUGCUGCGAAGAUCAAUGUUCAAACUAUUUUCCUCUGCAGACAACCUUCUGCGCGGUACGAAGGUGAAGGCUGAAGAAGAGGAGGAAGAUGACCUUGAAGAGGAUGAAAAUUCUGAUGAUCCCGAAACAGAUAAGGGCUCACCCGAUGGAAUUGACAAUGACAUGGGAUGCGGCGAUGUAUCCUAUGACCUUUCAUUAGUCGAAAAUUUCAAAACAUUUUUCAAUAGGAAUCUGAAUAUAGUCUUCAAUUUCAAGGACGUUGACUCCAACAACUCUCAGACACUUGAUAAUUUUAUCAUUCUUCUCAAAAGCGCUUUGAAGCAUCAGCAUGUCCAAAUAAGUUUAGUCUUUAACAUCAACACCAAUCUUCCCAAUUUCGAAAAGAAUUUAUCACAAUCUACCAUGAGACUAUUGAGAAGAAAUUUUCAUACACUUGACGUUUCCAGCAAUAAGGGCUUUAAAUUCGGUAAUCGGAUUUUCCAGAGUUUCCUUGAUACCGUCGAUGGGAAGCUUAAUCUGUCUAGCAGAUUUGUUGAGUUUAUCCUUGACAAGAUGUCAAACAAUGCCAAUCAUAAUCUUCAAUUGCUGACCAAGAUACUUGAUUACGCUUUAAUGUCAUAUUUCUAUCAAAAUCCUUUCUCUGUGUUUAUUGAUCCCGUCAAUGUCGAAUAUCUCAACGAUGACUACCUAGACAUGUUGAUCAGAUGCCCAACAUUCAUGUUUUUUAUUGAGGGUCUAAUAAAAGAAAAUGCACCUAUACAGGAGAUAAAAUCACUAAUUUCAAACAGAGACUCAACUCUGACCAACUUCUUUCUCGAAUUUUUAGUGAGAGAAAAUCCGAUCAAUGGUUUUGCUAAAUAUGUGGCUAACUUUCUGGAAGAAAAGCUAGGGAUUCACAAUUACAAUUUAAUAGAGAUAUAUCUCAAGCUAUUGGAAGGAAAUUUAGACUCAUAUCUUAGCCGCUGGCCUGCCUGUCAAGAAUAUAAAGAGGACUUGAAAUUCGAACCAAUAGACACAAUCUUUCAGGAGCUCUUCACAUUGGACAACAGUAGUGGUCUGUUGGGUCAGGCUAUGUUCCCGCGCUACCGAACUAACAUGGAAGAUAACCUUCUCAGCUGGGAACAGAUUUUGAGAAUCCCAAGAAGUGAAGAGGACGACAAUGGUUCGGUUGAUCAGUUUGAUAAGGCAAUGCCUCCGGUAGCAGGUCACCUGUUUAAGCUUUACAGAGAGGCUCCCUUCUCGAUAAACGUUUAUGAUUUUUACACAACAUUCAAAGAGACUUUACCUAAGAACGAUAUUGGGCGUUUCCUUGAGAAUUUGAGUAAGACUGGUGACAAAAAAGUACAAAAGUUUGUCGAAUCGAACAAUCAGGUGGAAGUGUUCGAUAAAGUUUCCCUUGCCUUAUUCAUGCAAGCUUUGUUCGACUUCGACCACAUAGGUAUAAUUAAGACCCAGACCAAUAAGAAUUAUGAUGUGAUUGAAAAGUGUAUAUGGAGAGGAAUAUAA